AUGGCGGAAUUGGCACACGUCAUUCCAGCGGUGGAUAUGAUCAACGCCACAUCGAGGCUACAACUUGAAGCUGCCGAGGUGCGAGCUACGAAACCCAGUUGGGGUUCAUACCUUCGUUCGCAGAUGAUCCCUCAAGAAGACUACAACUUCAUUUCGGCUUACGAAGCAGCCAAGAGUAAAGAUGAACGAGAUGCUGUGUUGGCCGCUAAUGAUGCCAACGGUCAGGCGGCGAGGACAAUUGUGAAUCUCAUCACGAACGUAGCUAAGGACCAAAACGUGCGUUAUGUGCUCACUCUGCUUGACGACAUGCUCCAGGAGGACAAGAGUCGUGUCGAGAUUUUUCACAAUGCCGCUAAAAGGCAGAAACGAACAGUAUGGUCGUGGUUUCUUGGAAUUCUUCAAAGGCAGGACAAUUUUAUUGUCAAUCAGAUGAGUUCUAUCAUCGCUAAGCUUGCGUGCUUUGGAACAACUCUUAUGGAAGGAUCUGAACUAAACUAUUAUUUUUCUUUUCUGAAAGACCAGCUGAAGAGCGCAACGGCAAACGAGUAUAUGAAUACUACUGCCCGUUGUCUGCAAAUGAUGCUCCGAAUCGACCCUUACAGACAUGCUUUUAUGGAAGCAGAAGGAAUUCAGUCAAUUGUGGCUGCUCUCAACGGUAAAACAAACUUCCAGCUUCAGUACCAACUAGUCUUCGCCCUUUGGUGCCUUACAUUCAACCCCAAUAUUGCUCGUCGAGCUCCAGCACUUGGAGUUAUACAAGCACUAGGAGAUAUUCUUUCAGAGUCUACUUGUUGUUUUGUAGCUGGUAAGUGUUGCUAUUUUCAGGUUAUCCGUAUUAUUAUGGCGACUUUCAGCAAUAUUUUAAAGAAGGUUGAUGAGCGUGAAAUUAAAAAAGAAGCUGCAUUGCAAAUGGUGCAGUGCAAGACGCUCAAAACACUGGAGCUAAUGGAUGCGAAGAAAUACGAUGAUGCAGAGCUUGAGGAAGAUAUUGAAUUUCUAAGCGAGCAGCUCCAUCUCUCUGUUCAAGAUUUAAGUUCAUUUGACGAGUACUGCAGUGAGGUUCGUUCUGGUCGUCUUCAAUGGUCGCCGGUGCACAAGUCUGACAAGUUCUGGCGCGAAAAUGCUCCUCGUUUUAAUGAGAAAAAUUUCGAGUUGAUUAAGAUCCUUAUCCGAUUACUGGAAACCAGCCACGAUCCUUUAAUACUGUGUGUUGCAGCUCAUGACGUUGGUGAAUAUGUUCGGCAUUAUCCUAGAGGAAAAACUGUUAUUGAGCAGUACCAAGGAAAACAAGCGGUGAUGCGAUUAUUGACGGCAGAGGAUCCAAAUGUACGUUAUCAUGCCCUUCUUGCGGUUCAAAAGCUCAUGGUUCACAACUGGGAAUACCUCGGAAAACAACUUGAUGCUGAGACACCAGAGACUGUGGCAGUUAAAUAG